AUGCAGCAAUUAUGGACUUCUGGUAUUGACUGGGAUGAUCCAAUACCUACUGAUGUUGGUGUUUUGUGCUCAAGAUAUCAAUCAGAGUUGCACCAAAUUGAAAAUAUCUCUACUCCUCGUCAUAUUACCCAUGAUAAUGCUAUAUCUACACAAUUACAUGAAUUCUAUGACAGCUCUGAAAAAGGCUAUGCUGCAGCCAUUUAUCUUCGUGUUGAAACCGCAACGUCAAUACAUUGCCAACUUAUUAUUGGCAAGUCAAAUGUAGCACCACUCAAAAGAACUACAAUUCCUAGGCUCAAGUUAUGCAGCGCUCAUCUAGCUGCAAAGUUACUUCACUUAGUAAGAACUACAUACACAGAUCGAGUGCAAAUUGACGACCUAUUUGCUUGGACUGACUUUACUACUGCGUUAGUCUGGAUUCGGUCUUCACCGCAUCGCUGGGACACUUUUGUCGCCAACCGAACCAGUCAAAUCCAAGAGUUAACUACACCAUCAAUCUGGCGUCACGUACCCACAAAAUUAAAUCCAGCGGAUUGUGCCUCGAAGGGAUUGUUUCCGUCAGAACUCGAAAAUCACUCUCUCUGGUGGACUGGCCCACUAUAUUUACUGGACCCACCAUCCAAAUGGCCAGGAGCUACAUUCCAUUCACCAGAAGAUCAGACCACAAAGCCACUCGAAAAAACUAAACAAGACACUCAAUCUGCAUUUUCGGAAGAUAUACUACGGCUUAAAAAAAGUUUACGAUGCUCGAAAAAUCUUCGUUCAUUAGAUAUCUUCCUUGAUACUCAUGGGCUUAUCAGAUUUGGUGGCCGUCUGAGAAACGCCGACGUUCCAUAUGAACAAAAACAUCCACUUCUUUUACCAUCAAACCAUCGAGUGACGGAUCUUCUUAUAGAUUAUUUUCAUCAACGUCUCAAGCAUCCCGGUGCAGCAGCUCUCCAAAGUUGGUUGCAAAGAGAAUGGCGGAUUCAAUCAGCACAACGAGUUAUUCGAUCGCGAUUGCGACUUUGUAUUUCAUGCUUUCAUGUAAGACCACGAUCUUUACAACCAAAAAUGGCGAACCUCCCUAAGUAUCUAAAAUCAAGGUUGAAGAGUCCUAUAAGCCGAAAGUGA